AUGAGCACUAGUAGUAUCGUCGACGUCUCUAGUAAACUUGGAGAAUACAUGAUAAAAGGCUGGGUAUUAACAGACGCAACAUGCCCGUCACCUGGCUGUCGCGGCGUUCCUCUCAUGAGGUCACCCAAAAAUGGGUCGCCAGUAACUCAUUACUGCGCGAAUUGUAAUGGCCCUAAACAAUCUACUAGUUCAUCAACGCAGUCUAAUUCAUCGUCAACAGAUUCAUCAUCAACUCAUGAGUCUAAUUCGCGACCAUCUACCCCUCCCACAGAGAUAUCCAGCGCUUUGAGCUCACCGACUUUUGCCCCUCCCAUCGACACUGAAGAGACUAUUCGCAGGCGGCAACAGUCAGACCAGGCAUCCGCAGAAAUUGGAAAGCGUCUUUUGAAGGGGUGGGCGAUGCUUGGCGAAGAAUGCCCGAACAUUAGGUGUUACGGUAUACCUCUUGUAAGACCUCCAAAGGUCGGAGAGGACAAAGAUCCUCGCAAGGAAUGUGUGAUUUGCGGGACUGUCUAUGUCACUGAUGUCACUGAGGGGUGGCAGCGCCUUGUCCCAGCUCCACCUGCAAUUGGAGCAGGAUCCAGCGCAGGGGCUAGCAACUCUAUGUCAAGUGCUCCCAGGACAUCGGGCUCUCGUGACAAAGGAAAGGCAGUGAUGGGUAGCAUACCUUCACAGGUGCCAGAACAUGCAAGCGUCCCGUCUAUCAAUGCGGUUACGGCGUAUUCCCCUGCUCAGGCACUUAAGCUGUCUUUGGAUGCUAUGUCACAAAGACUUGCGCAGAUCUGCGGAAACGCAAGUCAAAUGGACGUGAUAUCCAUUGCAUCAGCUGCAGAUGCCAUUAACAAGGUUGCGCAAGCUUUGUCCCAAGUAAGGCACCUGGAAGAGCAUUAG